GGAGGUUGACGUCAUUUCCGCAGGCUUAGACCGGGGAAAGUAGUUUCCUGAGGCUGACACCCCUCAGAUAAUCUCAGCACUAAAAGACACACCUGGAUUAUUCUAACAUCAUGAUUAUUCCAACGACAUGACCUGAAUCUAACGUUUCUGGAACCUUCGUUGGUGUUUCUGUUUCUGUCGGACAGUCUGAUGUGAAGAUGAGUGAAGAUUCAGGUACUUUAAAGUCUCUCUGUGUUAAACUUUAACCUGUUUUAUGUCAGGAUCCCUAACGUGAUUGGCUGUUCGCUGUUUUUAACUCUUUCAAACAUGUUUUUAUGGUCAAUAUUAACGGAACCUGUUGCACGUCGUCAGUGUGGCUGAUGCUGCGUUCAUGGGCUUCGUGAUGCUCGAAAUUCUUAGUUACGAAGACUCUCUCCCUCUCCUGAGCCAUAUGUCAUUGGUUAGAAGAGAUUAAAACACAGUAGAAAGAAAAAAUAACACUUUCUUUUAAAAUACAAUAUAAGCAUCAAAUCAGUUAGUCAUUUUCCCAUCACUUUUACAUUUGUUUAAUCAGCUUGAGUGCCUUUCACCUUAUGUCCACCGAGAGUGAAUUUCUCCGAUUAUUUCUUGAUCACGUGAACGCGGGCCGACUAACGGGAUGUUUGAGUUAAACGGUAAACAAAGACGGUUUUAAUUAAAGUAAACAUGAAUAUUUACUGAAACAUUACUCUGGAUUUUGAUCUUAAACUAACUGUUGAAAAAGUUGAUCGUAAGAAAACCGUUUAAUAACGAGUUAGCCUUUAAAAUGAAGACGUUAGCCGCCAGCUAAGUCUGUCUUUGUAAAUAACUUUAGUAUCGCGAUAAUAUCAAACCUGACGAUAAUACUACCUGACUUUGACUUCAUGUUUAUUUACUUCUCUGUUUGACUCAAAGACCUUUUCCUAAAGCACUGAAAUAUCAUAAUUAUAUGUUUUGUCUUUAUUUAGUUCAGUAUUUGUCAGUGAUAGGAUAGAAGUUAUACGAUGCGAUUAUACGAACGAUGCGGAACAUUACGAUAAGGUCCAGCGAUGGACCGAGUAACUACAUUUCAUUUUGAUUAAACAGAUGAAUGUGACAAAGUUUUACACAAAUUACAGAAAAUAAAGGAUAAUCGAACAUUUAAAAUACUGUGAAACAGUGAAGACACAUCGUGAGAGUCAGUCUGCUGAGUGCAAACAACAGCCAACAGAGUAAAUACUGCUAAAUACUGGUAUGAGCUCUUAAACUUUAGCAGAACAGCCAACAGUCUGCUGUAAAAUCCACUGGCUUCGUGAGACCAGCAGCUUUCCAGUCGCCAUGGUGACCGGCUCCUAGCGUUACGCUCUAGGACAGAGCGCCACAGGAGGUCCUUUCUUCCAGCAGCCGUCAGACUGUUUAACAAAAUCUGAGUUGAGGACCUGUUCACCUCAGCACUAUAUACGUAUUACACUACUGCAUUUAUUACAUACUGGUUUAUACUGGUUUAUACUGGUUUUAACAGAUUUAACUGUACUUGGCUGGUCUGCAGAGGUGCACUUGUUGUUGUUGUCUUUGUUAGUGUACUGUAUGAGUCUGUGAGUGGAACAACCCCUGAAUUUACCCAUCUACCUACCUAUCUGUCUGUCUGUCUUUCUUUUCAGCUGAUAAACUGGACAGUUGUACUGUCACAUGGAGUAAAUCUGUUUGUUUUCCAGAAUUUCAGCUGAAGUAUUCGGUUGUUUUCACUGAACUGACCUUGUCCUACUCGUGCAGAUAAUCAAAGAUAAUGUUCAAACCUAUUACAGAGCUGUCAGGCCUGUUUUUGUUCAGCCUACAGAGCAGCUCCACCAGCCUGCCUCAUGUAGAACCAGUGAGGUGGACAAACAUGCGUCUUUACCUAGACUAGAUGAAUAACUGUGAGCAGUAAAUCGGAGUUACAGGCUGCAAAGUUCCCUCAUGUAUCAGAUAAACUUCUUCUUAUCUGUCUGGGAGGUGUUUAAAGCUCUCUCAGUAACUUCACCUCUCUGUUUAUAUGACUCCAGCUCUCUUGAUGCAAACGUCUGUAAACAAUGAUGAAAACCUGUUUGUCCUUCUCAGACACCAGCCUUCAGGCCCAGCUAGCCGAGUGCCGAGCUCAGGUCGAACACUGGCAGGGCGUGGCGACGAUCUGCGAGCUGAGCAAACAGGAGGAACUGGCAGAGCUGCAGAAACAAUGUGACCAAGAGAUCCAGUCUCUACAGGAGGCUCUGAGAGGUGAGUGUGUUUGGUUUAUCCAUGAUCUCUGUUCACACGCUCAGGGGUGUUUUUGUGUCCUCGUUAAGAAGAAGAAUAAAUCAGAGCGUGGAGAGUUCGACUCGGUGUCACUUCUGAGACGUUGUUUUGUAAAGAAGGACUCAGGAAAAAGGAAGAGCUGGGAGAGAGAGGCAGAGAAUGUCGGACAAUGACAGAGGAACGACUCAUACUCAACACAACUGUAGAUCCAACAUGUAGUUUAAAGUAUUAACAGGAAGAGACUCUUUAUGGAUCAGAUACAAACAUUAAAGUCUGAAGAUGUUUGUUCAAGAUUAAAGCAGCAAAGACGCUGACUCAGCAGUUUUCCUUUCAGAGACUAAAGUCCUCACUGGGAACCUGAACGUGUUUCCAUGUUUCUGAGUAAAUUCAAUGUUACUGUUCAUGUUUUAGACUCCAGAAAUACAAACACAGGUUAGUUUUGACAGAAGCCCUUAAACUGGAUCUGUCUUUAAAAAGUUCAUAAAUCAGGUUUUAAAAGAGGAACUGAAACAUUCGACCGUUUUCAAGAUUUCACUGUAACUUUCUGUUUAUGAAGUUUCUAAAGAUCGUCUCCUAAAGACAUGAACUCUCCGGAUCACUUUGAUGAGGGUUAAAGCUGCUGUAGGGAACUUUUAGCUCGCCUAGUUUUUCCUGGCGCCCCCCUGUGGACAGAGUAACACCUGUUAUUGCUCGGCCUGGACAUGAAUUUUGUCUCAUCUUGUCUUUUACCUACGAACUGUAUCGCUCACUGUGAGGACUCGGGGUAAAAAGGUCUUCCCCAGGAUCCGUCUUUUUCCCCCGGAAAGUCGCAAAAUCACAUCGGCCUUGAUGUGUUUAGUCAGGCGCGUCAAAACUCACCUCCGAAUAUUUCGUAAUUUCACGUUCUGUAUUGGCGUCAGCCCCGGUGUGUGAGGACCUUAAAGGUAAAUAUGUUGUUAAGCCUCUCUGCGUCGCUCCUCCUCAUGAUUUCAUGGUCCUGAUUUACCUCUCUGUGUUUCAGAGACUGCGGCGCAGUAUGAGGCUCGUAUUUCUGUCCUUCAGUCUGUGGAGUGGAGGAGAGCCAGCGGUCAGCUCAUGGUCAGUGUUCACCUCUGAGGUCGUCUGUCUGUUAUUGUCUGUGAUGAUCUGGAGGAACUUCAGGUGGACUCGGUCUUCAGGCGUUUUGUUUCUCUCUCCGUCAGAUCGGUGGAAGGAAACACAGGAUGGAUCCAGAAGUCGUCAGUAAUGAUUCCCAAACCCUGAACAGUCUAACAGAGUUAGAGGCGGCGUCAUCUGCAGACAGGAAGCAGGCCGAGUUAGAGGCAGCGGAGGGAGACGCGGCGCAGCUGACAUCGGACGGUUAUUUUUCCCUGAGGAACUGCGACUCGGCGUCUUUGUCCUCCUUCUCCAUGGACACGCCGUCUCUGCCCAGAAAACUGCACGCUCAGGACGACACCGACUCUCUGGUCUCCACGGGAACCCUGGUGCCUGAGGCCAUCUACCUGCCGCCAGCGGGACACCGACUGGUGACACACGGAGACUGGGACGCCCUCAACGCUCAGGUGAGGAUGAUAACCUGACAGUUCUUUAUUCUGUCAUCACAACAUGAGGCCGAGCGAGUGUUUCCAACGAGUGUUUCCAACAAGUGUUUCAGACGUUUGUUUCUAAACGAGUGUCUCUAACGAGUGUUUCUGACGAGUGUUUCCAACGAGUGUUUAGGACGUGUGUUUCUAAACGAGUGUUUCUGACGAGUGUGCGGUCUGUUGCUCAGGUGUCAGAGUUGAGGGAGGAGGUGAGUCGUCUUCAGGCUGAGAAGGAGGAGCUGGAGAAAGAGCUCGACACACAGACCAACCACACACACAAACAGGUCAGAGACACACUCACACAAACACACAGCAGGUAGAGUGUAGACUUACACCCAUGUUAAUGUGUGUGUGUGUGUGUGUGUGUGUGUGUGUGUGUGUGUGUGUGCAGGUAUCGAUGCUCCAGUCUCAGGUCAAGACCUCAGAGACUCUCCUCCAGGAUCUACAGAAAUCUUUCAGCCAAUCACAGAGCGCCGUGCAGAGUCGGCUGGUGAGUGAGAGACGCUGAAUCUGACCGUAGAAAGGUUCGAGUCUGAGUGUGACAUUAACGUGUGUGUGUGUGUGUGUGUGUGUGUGUGUGCGUGUGCAGGCGGAGCUGUCUCUCUCUCAGAGGAGGAUGUGCAGCGAUCUGUCCAGACUGAGAGGAGAGGAGGUGGAGGAUGAAGGAGUGGACUCCAGCUCAGCAUUAGCAGCAUCUCUGCAGGUACGAGUCCUGAUCCAGGGUUCCUGCAGUUUUUAGAUUUGUCUGCGAUGUUUGAGGCGUGUUCUGACCGCUGAGCUCUGACCUGCAGGGGGCGCACUGUGAGGAGCGACUUCGCAUCGAGAUCAUCAACCUGAGAGAGCAACUGGACGGGCGAUCGGAGGAGAACGGUGUGAGGGUCUCCCUCUGCUCCUGAUUCUUGGUAUCAGUUUUUACUCUCGGCUGUGACUCUGACAUGUUUUCACUUCCUCUCUUCUCGGUGUUCGGACCUUUGGACCUGGACUCACUGCCAUCAGAAGUUUUAGAGGGUAAGUGGAGACAAAAGUUCUGGUCCGGUGUUCGUCCUCCUGUCUGCUCUAAACUCACCUGGUAGAAGGUCUCUGUGGUUGGACUAAGUUCUUGUGUGUGUGUGCAGUGCAGCUGUCCAGUCUGAAGACAGAGACCGAGAGGAUCCAGACCCAGAAGGACCAGCUGCAGGCUGAGCUGAUCACCUGCCGCACUGAGCUGGACGGCCUGCGGGUGGCGCUGUCUCACCUCCAGGGAACCAACAAAUCUCUGAGCAACGACAAGGUGAGUUUUUAACGUCCAGAUGAUUUCAAACAAGUUCCUGUCAGACUCUCACACCCAAUUUCACCGCAUCUGAAACGCCUCUGAUGAUGAAGAACGGCGAUUUUUGCCCUCCGCCAUUUCCUACUGGAUCUGUUUGUGAGGAGAAUUUCGUGGUGGAUUACAGACAGCAGUAAUCGCGAGAACUCGCAAAAACCCGCAGAUUCACGUUCAAUCUCACGAUAACGAGUCGUCUCUCUAAAGACAGACACAUAGACAUAUAAGCAGUAGAUUGUGUCCUUCCAGAGGAGGAAAUCUACUUCUAGACUUCUAGAAUCAGCAUCUCCUCAUCCAUGGUGUCAUCGGGGUGAAAUGACGUCUAAAAACCUUUCACUUGUUCGUCUCCGCCCGUUUGCAUGGUGUGAAAUACGAUCCUCCUGAAACACGGAGUGUUUUAUUUUGAAAAGAAGCCGGAUGUUUUAUUUUGAAGUCUGUGCCCGACUUCCUUUCCAGCACGGGUUAAUCUGUGCUGAAUUUAUCCGCCAGGCUCCGGCGUCCAGAAAAAAUAGAACUCUUGUGAUCAGCUGAGGAGUCCGGCGAUCCGCAGAGGAACGGAAAGAAGUCGGUGUAAAUUGACACGUUAACUUGAAUGGUUACGAUCAGCUACGAUCGGAGGAUACGACCUUUUAGGAGACCAUCAGGAUGAAGGUGGAGGUCGGGGGUUAGACUCUGAUCAGUCUGUGGUUGUGUGUUUAUGUGUGUGUUAAUUUUGUGUGUGUGUGUGUGUGUCAGGCGGCUCUGCAGCAGCAGUGUCUGGAGCUGCGCAGUCAGGUGAUCAGUCUGCGCUCUCAGGUGGAUACCAGUCAGACGGUGCAGAGAGACUUCGUGCAGCUCUCUCAGUCUCUGCAGGUGAGUCUCUGAGCGCGCUCACUCGCUCUGAAAACAGACCGACCGUCACGUUGAUGUUUUAGAUAAUCUGGUAAAUUCAUCAGGGACCAAACUUCAUAUUUAUUCUUAAAGUGAGACACUGAUUGGAUCUCUAAGGAGGGAGGAGUCCUCCGUCCGUACCUCCGUCAGUCAGCAGUGACCGUCUUCUCUCUGCAGGUGAAGCUGGAGUUGGUGCGUCAGGCCGAGAAUCUGGAUCAGGUCCGAGAAAUCCUGGAGGACCGGGACAGCGAGGCGGGAUCGUCGCCUGCAGACGCCUCAUGAGUUUUAAAGUCUCACUGAACCAAAGAGCAGAAACAGAGACCACAUGACACGGGUUGGACCACUGGGACCAGCACUGGUAACACUGGACUGACGUGUUUCUGCUCAAAGACUCGGAGUCUGUUUCUCAGAGACCAAAGUGACCUCUGAUGGACUGAGACGCCUGGAGGAAACCUUCCUGAAACACAUUUACUCAGAAACUAACACGUAAAACUCAAAGUGACUCCACUACAGAGAAAAACACUCACAGUCUAACCCUCCAGCGCUCCUCACUGAGGAGGAGCAUCAACCUUUAUAUCAGUGAACCGUCUGUCUGAGCAGGAGGCCUGAAAACUGACCAACGUGCAAUAAUGACGUUAGAGGAAGUAGAAAACAGACGAACCUGAACGGGACCUCAGACGCCACGUUUUAUAGCCGACUCCUUUUCUCGCUAAAAACACUGAAACUUUUUAGACUUUAAUUUAUAAAGACGUUUGUGAAAGUCUGUGAAAAUGUUCAAGUGUACCGCUGUUCCUCUUUCUACAGUCUGACAAGUAAAGAAAUCUUUUCUUCA